UACUGCGAGGAGGUAUUUCUCGCAUCCCCGCCCCGCCGCGCCGCCCGAGAGUAGGCGCGUCGGGGAGCAACAACAACAAGCCUUCAGACAGUCCAGUCCCUAGUCCCUGCCACCCUGCACCUUUAGGGCUUUAGAGGCCGUGGUUCCAUGGCCUGUCCAGCCACCUAAAGCACUGAAGAAGCUGUGCCUCGUCUCCACGGCAGGACGAUGGUGUUCGGACUCAAACCCGUGUGUGACAAGUGUGGCACGAAGGAGAGCAAUCUCUGGCAAAGGGACGACCAUGACCAGAUCGUGUGCUGCGAGUGCCAGGCCGGUGCCGUGAGCCCGCAGCCCAGGGUGCAGCCCAGGACACCACGAGGCCGCGAUGAGGACGACCAGGAGGGGGCUAGGGACGAGGACAAGGCGGACCAGGACGACCACAAGGAUGCAGACUCCAGCAACGGUAACGGCGGCAAGGACGACGACCAGGAUGGCGAUAAGGAGAAGGACUCGGGGCGGAGCUCGGACAAAAGGGAGACCAAGAGGAGGACGCGGAAGGGGCGGCAGGGCGGGAAGGGCGGCGUUCCCAAGGGCAAGGGUAGACGCUACAUCUUCAAGAAGAGUGCCACAAAGGCUCCAGCUGCAGUGGCAACCCCUGUUACAUCAGACUAUCUAUUUUGCAAGGGCUUAUAUUACCAAAUUGGAGACAUUGUCUCCUUGAUAGAUGUUGAUGGAGGAACCUACUAUGCCCAGAUAAGAGGACUUUUGCAGGACCAGUACUGUGAGAAGAGUGCUGUGUUAACAUGGCUUCUUCCAACUAAAACUUCCCCACCUCCUGAACAAGGCUUUGACCCAUCAACAUAUAUAAUAGGUCCUGAAGAAGACAUUCCACGCAAACUGGAGUACAUGGAAUUUGAACGCCAUGCCCCGUCAGACUACUUUAAGGAUCGCACCUCACCUUACUCAACAAUGACAUACCAACCACAAUCUUGCUUUGUCUGGUCAAGACUUGGCCCACAGAUUAAACCAAUAGAAAAAGCCAAGGAACUAAUGACAAAGUAAAAAUGUAUUCAUUUUGAUAAUAAACAUUCACAUUUAUAAA